GAAAGAUACGGUGGGCGGUGCAAUGGUAGCUGGUAUUGCUUCUACUUGUCGGGUAGAAAUAAAAUUAGCACACAUACGACAAAUCGCAAAAAAAAGUAUUUAUUUCAGUCCUGUUCUUUAAUUACAGUAACGCUUCGUUUUAAUAUGCCAGUCCUAAAAGUUGCAACGGGUUCCAUAAUUUCUGAAGGCGCAGCCGAAAGCCAUAAGGAUGCGAGGAGAGCAGCAGCGGCGUCUGGUGUGGAGUUUGACUUCUCCCGCUCCCAGGGGUUUUGCCCCUUAGAAUCAUCAGAAUCAGAGGAUGAGGCAAUGCCCCAAAGACCUCGGCACAGACUCUAUGAAUUCCUUCACCAGGAUGAUGGCAACAUCCUUCUUGAUGAUUUCCAUCAAAGAAUGCAAGCCAUGAGUGAGGCCAGCAAAGAAGGUCUCCUUCAGAUAGAACAGAACUUGGAGCAGAGGAUGUUUAAUGACUCUGUGCUCUCGGAAGGUGCAGCAGGAAAUGGAAGGAGUGCACUUUCAAAAAGAAAUGCACUGGACCUCUCUUCCUCACAAAUUUGUACUAAUGGAAACACAAAGAAGCCACCAGAGUCUAGGAAUGGACCAUUAAGGAAAUCUUGCUCUCUGAGUGAUCUUAACUCCAAACGAAGUUUUUCAGGCGGUUUACCUUGUACAGACACGCUGAGAUCUGAGAACAUUUCUUCAGUCUUGUGGUCACAUGAUGUAACUUCAAAUGAAAGGGUAAAGAAAUGGCAACGUCCAAAGUCAGGGGCUUCCCUUGAUCUGGAGAAGCACUUGGCAGAGAAGCAGCAGGCCGAGUUAACAGAAUGUAAGAAGCUCUUCAGGGCAGCACCUGUGCCAACUCAUGUCUCCCUAGCCCUGUAUGAUGAGAUCAUGGAAAGAAAGGAGAAGCUGAGGCAUGCAACAGUGGAAAAGAGAAAGAAUUUCCUACUGUCCAUGCAGAAGCCAUUCAACUUUCAGGAGAGAGAAAAAAAGAGACAGGAGGAAGUGAAACAACAGCUUGAGACUGCGACGGUGCACUCCCAAAAGGAGACCUUGCAACCUAAAUGCAAAAAGAAAAUUCCUGAAUCUGUCCAGGAUCAAACCAUCAGCGACCGCUUGAAAGAUGAAGAACUGAACAGGAAAAUCCGAAUCCAGAUGAGAGCAACAGACAUGUUGAAAGCUUCCCGCGCUCCCUUUGAAAUACAGCCUCAGAAAAAGGACCUGGAGGGCAGCUGCAGGCAGAGGAGCAAGAAAGCAGCUUUGGCCUUUUUAGAUGAAGAACCCACCUUCCAUCCACAAACGACUGGAAAGGUUCCAGAUUUUGAAAAGCUGUUCCGUGAUUUUCAGAAGGCAACCUUGAAAAAAGCUGAAGCCAAGGAAGCUACAAGGUGCAGACCAUUCCAGCUCCAAACCUCUGCCUUACCACCAAGACAGAGCAGAUCUACAGAGAAAUCUGUAAAGGAUUCUGGCCCAGUUCAGAAGACACAGUUAAGGAGAAGUCAGUCUUUGAAUGGUAUUUGUUCCCUUUCAGCAGAUACCCUACCAACCUACAUUUCUGAUGCCACAAGGAAUCGACAUGCUGCCAUUAGGAAAUCACUUGAAAUGAAGGAAAACAAAGAAAAAGAAAAUGCAGAGUGGAUGGAGCAGCACAAAUUAAAAUCUCAGGCAAUGCAUAAAACAGUGAACAUACGUGCUAAAGUAAUGGAUCCCCACAAAAGUCUGAAAGACGUGUACAAGGAGAAGCUGCGACAGAACAGGCUAGCAGAUAGAAAACUGGAGAAGGAAUACAAGCGGGAGCUGGAAGAAAUGAAGACCAGGGUGCAUGUGAGGCCUUACCUGUUUGAACAGAUAACACAGGGGAAUGCAAAGAAGAAUGCAGAGCGUCGGUACCAACACACACUGAAGACAGUUGGUCUAGAUGAAGAAUUUGUGUGGAGUAAAGGUGAAGGAAAGAAAAAUGUCUCAGAGUCAGACAAUGAUGAAGAUGAAAUCAAGAGCAACCUAAGUGAUACUUCAAUAAGGAUGGAGAGCUUUAAUAACACUGAAAACAAACAUAUCAGUGACAAAGAAAAUGAAGAGGCUGAAGAAACCAACAUGGAUCAACAAGAAUAAACAUUUCUGAAACGUU